CAGCUGUAUAAAAGGGUAAGUAACUGUAAGUUGCUUUGGGGAAAAUCAUCAGCUAGAGGAAUGAAUUCUCUACAUAGGGACUGUUUUUUCUAACAGACUUCCUCUCAGGAUUAUAGCCCUGGGUUGUACAAGUUGUCGCAUGUCUCAGGUGGAGUGAAACUGGAUCACAAAGAAACUCUGGUGUGUUUUUCACAACUUGCAGUCAUAGUGAAGCAGUAACAAGACAGACUUGUAAACCGAAGGUUGUUCGAAUCCCUUUGAAUCCCAUCACUGAGCAACGAUUUGGGAGUUUUAACUUGUUUUUCGUUUCAUAGUGUUCACAAGCGUUAACACGUCGGCCUUUUUGACAGAAAUUAUGUUACUGACAUUUUACAAAAUUAAUUAAAGGGGCUGCAUGUGGUGACAAAAUGGAAAAUCGAGAACAAGUUUUUUAGUUCGACUAUCCUGUAAGUAAGCAUGCAGUUUGCAGAGGCUGGAAUACAGUUCCUUUGAAAAACAUUGCCUGGAGGCUACAUUACUGCAGAUACAAUUACAGUGACAUUUUCGCUCAGUUUAUAUCAGUGCAGCCGAAUACUGUACGCAGCCCCUUUGUCAGUGAGGAAUGAGGUGUACUCAUAUUACUCAUUAGUCAAGAACUUCCUUAGAAAUAGAGGGAAAAAAGAUGUAAGAGUAAAUCAGUGUAUUUGAUUUGACUGUGGACAGGAUUUGACCUCAGUGUGUUAUUUCCCCAUAAUAAAUGUUGUAUAAUUAACGUUUAACUUAAUUUCCUGCGCUAAGAUCAGUCGUCUCCAUCUUCCGCCAUUUCAGAAGGAUGCUCUUAUAAGGUAAUAUCCUAAGAGAGGUGGUUUGGUGUGUUUGUGUGUUAAACUGCAGCUGUGUAGGUCCAGCGCACGAGCGGUCAGAAGCACUGCGAGGGUCAGUCCAUCACACAGAUAAAUGAAGAAUAUCUGCAAGAAAGGGGGCUAUUUCAGCUCAUGUGUAAUCAUGACAGGGACUUAUUGAUGAUAUGGAUUCCAAUGUUAUUAAGUGAAGUCUUGGCUGCUGUCCUGUUAUCGACCUUUGUGUGCCUGUACUCUUUUAAUACCUCCGGAGACACUAUUGAUGUGCUCAGCAGUGAUGCAGUGAAAGUUGUUCUGUCACAUAUUGUACAACUAAGAUAAGUCUCCCUUUGAUCACUGAGUAAUAUAAAUAGUUUAAACUGCAUCUCUGCAUGCGACUUAAAGCAAAGUAGCUUUGAACAGAGCCGAGGGUGCGAGCGGACGGGUCACCAUCAGUCCUGGGGACGUUGCACUGAAAAUUACGGUCGUGGGGUCGAGAGGAAGAGCUGGAGAGGGUUAAGAACAGAUUUCGCUCGCUGUCCGUGUGGAAGGAGGCACAGAAAAUAUUCAGUUCUGUUGUGGCUUCUUGUGAAUUAAGUUUUAAUUAGAACGCAGUUUUUAUUAACUAUAUGUCGGCGCUGAACAUAUAUAAAUAUAUUUAAAUAUAUAAAACAGCAGUUUUAUAAGUAUGUUUUAUUUGUUAGUACGUUUUACUUAAUUUGCCAUGUGGCAUUUAUGGUUUGUCUGUAUAUGCCGCGACUAACAUGUUUAGAAAAUGACCGUGUGUUUUUGCAACUGAUGUAAAAUGCCUGUCCCAUAAUUGUUGAAAUGGUUGUAACCUCUCUGGCAUCAUUUGUCCUCUUUUUCGUUGCUUAGGCAUUACCUCCAUCCCUGCCUUCUGAUUGGUCCGAGUCCAGCUUGUGGAGCCCUGCGAUUGGUCUCGGAUAUCCGCUCUCUGAUUGGUUCUUAUUGUUGCUGUGACAUUGAUUUCUUGUGGCAUUGCAUGAAGUUCUGACUGGUGUAUCUCCACAUGACUGGGAGCAGUCAGUUAAUCAGACAUUAUUUGUAACAGUGGAGGUUUACCAAUAAGUUACAACUACAUAUAGUUGGUUAUCCAGUUUUUAUCGGAUUAUAUAGCUGGAGCGUUUUUCGGGCCGCCCAUCACUGGUCUGCCCUGUUUUCUUAAAUACUUUUCAUUCCGCUUCCAUUCCAGUUCAGUUAGCCACUCCAUACAGACUAGAGUAGGGAAAGAUGGAGCCGCUUUUUGCAUCAGGAAUGGCUGCGAAGUUGAGGAGUCAGUGGGACCGUAACGAAGGGCUGGGCCAGAACGACAAGGCCAUCAAGUUCCUGUGCCAGGACUUUGAGUCCCUGCGAGCUCAAUGCCUGCAGAGCCGCAGCCUCUUCCUAGACGAUACCUUUCCUGCUCAACCCUCCUCGCUGGGCUUCAACGAACUUGGUCCACGGUCCUCGAAGACGCAGGGAAUCCGCUGGAUGCGUCCCACGGAGAUCUGCUCCAAGCCACAGUUCAUUAUAGAUGGAGCCACCCGCACGGACGUCUGCCAGGGAGCUUUGGGUGACUGUUGGCUCCUGGCCGCCAUCGCUUCCCUCACGCUGAACGAUAACCUUCUGCGGCGCGUCGUGCCCCACGGACAGAGCUUCGACAGCCAGUAUGCCGGCAUCUUCCACUUCCAGUUCUGGCAGUUUGGGGAGUGGGUCAACGUGGUGAUCGACGACAGGCUCCCUGUGAAGGACGGAAAGCUGCUGUUUGUCCACUCGGCCGAGGGCGGCGAGUUCUGGAGCGCCCUGCUGGAGAAGGCCUACGCCAAGCUGAACGGGUGCUACGAGGCUCUGUCGGGGGGCAGCACCUGCGAGGGCUUCGAGGACUUCACGGGCGGCGUCACUGAGAUGUACGAGCUGCGGAAGGCCCCGGGGGACCUCUUCAACAUCAUCGGCAGGGCCAUAGAGAGGGGAUCCCUGCUGGGCUGCUCCAUAGACAUCACCAGCCGCUUUGACAUGGAGGCAGUGACGUUUAAGAAGCUGGUGAAAGGCCACGCCUACUCCGUAACCGGGGUGGAUGAGGUGAUGUACAGAGGCACCCCGACAAAGUUAGUGCGGAUCCGGAACCCUUGGGGAGAGGUGGAGUGGACCGGGCCUUGGAGCGACAACUCGAGGGAGUGGAGCACUAUUGAACCGUCCGUCAGGACCAGGCUGCACAACCGUAGUGAGGAUGGGGAGUUCUGGAUGUCAUUCGCAGACUUCACGCGGGAGUUCAGCCGCCUGGAGAUCUGUAACCUGACGGCAGACGCCCUCCAAAGCAGUCAAGUGAAGAAGUGGAGCACGGCGCUGUAUUCGGGGGAGUGGAGAAGAGGCAGCACCGCCGGGGGUUGCAGGAACUACCCUGCGACGUUUUGGAUCAACCCCCAGUUUAAAAUAGGUCUACAGCACCCUGAUACAGAAGGCCACUCAGGCUGCAGCUUCUUGGUAGCGCUCAUGCAGAAGGACCGCCGGCGCCAGCGCAGGGAGGGCAAAGACAUGGAGACCAUCGGAUUCGCCGUUUAUGAGGUCCCUGAAGAGUUUUCGGGCAAAACAGCCGUGCACCUUAAGCGGGACUUCUUCCUGACCCACGGAUCAAGUGCCCGCUCUGAGCUCUUCAUCAACCUGCGGGAGGUGAGCUCACGCUUCCGCCUGCCAGCUGGCGACUACAUCAUCGUACCCUCCACCUUCGAGCCGCAGAAGGAGGCUGACUUUGUGCUGAGGGUCUUCUCCGAGAGGCCGGCCAACUCCGAGGAACUGGAUGACGAAGUCACAGCAGAGCUGCCCGAUGAGCCACAGCUGGAUGAAAGUCAGAUUGAUGCCGGGUUCAAGAGCCUCUUCCAGCAGCUGGCUGGACCGGACAUGGAGAUCAGUAUGAAGGAACUGGAGACCAUUCUCAACAGAGUCAUUAGCAAACAUAAAGACCUAAAAACAGACGGAUUCGGGAAGGAGGCUUGCCGGAGUAUGAUCAAUCUAAUGGAUACAGACGGCAGCGGAAAGCUGGGCCUCACCGAGUUUCACGUGCUCUGGGAGAAGGUCAAAAGAUACCUGACUGUGUUUAGGAAGUUCGACUUGGACAAGUCGGGCACAAUGAGCUCGUAUGAAAUGCGAAGGGCCCUGGAGGAUGCAGGGUUCAAGCUGACCAACCACCUGUUCCAGCUCAUCAUCCUGCGUUACGCAAAGCCUGACCUGAACGUGGACUUCGAUAGCUUCGUCACUUGCCUCAUCCGACUGGAGACCAUGUUCAAAACCUUUAAAACAAUGGACAUGGAUGCAGAUGGAAUCAUUUCUUUAAACUUCUCCCAGUGGAUCACCUUGACCAUGUUUGCCUAAACUGCUGGAUGCCCAUUUACUGUAUUUCUUUUUACAAAGUGCCUAUAUUGAAAUUACACGUCUUCCUUCGCUGCUCAGUCUGGAAUUCAGCCUUGCUUCUGUGUUUGUGCCACAUUUACAAAUCAAUAUUCUGCAUGCCAAAAUGUCUAAUGUAGCCAAAUCUGCAUGAAUUGAAGUCUUUUUUUUUUUUUUUUUUUAUUUAAUUUUUAAUGCCAAGGUAAAGUGGAAGUUCUAAUUCACACUGCAGAUCCAGUAAAAA